AUGGCGCAUAAGCACGAGUCAUCCACGUCGUCGGAACUCACACCGUUAGUCUACGACGUGUCGACAUUUCCAGAGGAAGAAAACAGUGGUCUGUCUUUGUCCCACUCGCCGCUACACAGCGCCCCCGCGUGGCAGUUUUGGCGUACCACGUCUCCGCCGCAUCGCUUGUAUCUGCUGCUUCUCAUGAGCUGCAUCCCAUUUGGCGGCCACUUUGUCAAGAAUGGUAUGUCGUCGCUGGAACAGUUGAUGCUAGAUGAUCCGGACUUUCCCAUCACCAACACAAUGUAUGGUGCACUGCUGUCAGCCGUUUCGGUGCCUAGUAUGUUCUUGCCACUGCUGGGUGGCCGUCUUAUGGACAAGAGCGGUCAUCACAGCAUCCGCUUCUUUCUGAUCUGGAUAUGCGUAGGUCAGGCCAUUUUCGCCAUUGGCAUGCAACUUAAGCUCUAUUGGCUAGCGCUCUUUGGACGCAUUAUCUUUGGCGUGGGCGAGGGCAGCGUCGUUGUAGGCGCUCGUGUCUUCAUUGCCUCGUGGUUCCAGAACCGGGAGCUCACGUUUGCCAUGGGCGUCAGUGUAGCUGUUACUAACGUCUCCAAGAUGAUGGCGAAAUCCACAGUCGCCCCGAUUGCUCUUUACUUUGGCGGGUAUGUACAGGCUCUUUGGUAUGGAGUGGUAGUUUGCGUUGUCUCGGCGCUCAUUGGCGUCUUGGUGUGUCACUACACGCUGAAUCUCAAACGCAUUGUCAAGAGCCGCGUGAUCAGUGAGGAACCACUGGACCCUGGUCUCCAUUGGCUUAAGGAUUAUGUUGCGAGGAAGCGCCACAAACACUGCUGGCGGAAGUCGCACGUCCACGCCAAACAGAUUUCGUGCGACAAUAUACACAAUUUCUCGCGCAUGUUCUGGAUCAUAGCAAUGCUGCACGUCAGCUCCAUCAACGUCUUUCAUCUGUUCCAGAAUGUCAGUGCCAGCUACCUCUUCCAGCGAUACGACUAUUCUAUCGUGAAGGCUGGCGUCGUGAGCAGCUUCUCCCAUUUAUUCGUGGUGUUUGCGCCGUUCAUCGGCCUCGCAAUCGAUCAGUUUGGUGGACGCGGUGUGCUCAUCAUCCUCUCCGCCAUUAUGUCGGUCUUGGCCUAUGUGUUCAUGAUCUUCACGGAACUUAAUCCUCUCGUAUCGAUGCUGCUGAUCUCCAUCUGCCUGUCGUUCACGCCGACUAUCCUGAUGGCCGCGAUCCCUAGCUCCGUAAGCCGUAAAAGCUUUGGCACUGCUUUUGGCGUGGUAGAGAUCACAGAUGCGAUCGGUGCCACGUUUGGCAAUCUUUUGGUGGGAUACUUGCGCGAUGAGUCGGGAAGCUACCGUGAUGUCAUGUUCAUGCUUCUGGGCAUGGCAAUUUUGGUGCUGCUGCUCGCUUUCUUCCUUAUUUUCGAAGACAGUCGUCAUGGUUGGGUGCUCAGUGCACCUAGUGGACGUUCACUUGCGCUCUCUGUUGAUGACGAAGAUUCUGUGGAUAACCCAGCAGUGCUCGAGGCUCGUUACGGUGCCAAUGGCGAAGCGUCUUUGAAAGCCGACGAGUGCACUGCUUAG